AUGUGCGCUGAAAGCGGGCGGCCUCAGCCCGUGACGGGACCCCGGGCGGACAGCAGCCGUCGCCACCCUUGGUGGGACAGGGCUGGACCUCCAGGCGAGAACGAGCAGCUGCGCUUGUUCCAUCACCUUCCCGUGGAAUGGGAUGAGGCCGACCAGCCUGCAGUKCCCCAGCUCCUCCGUGACCUUCUUGAAGACCCUGACUUCAUUUUCCGAGCGCCCAUCAAGCUGAGCAAACCGGGGGAGCUGCGGGAAGAGUAYGAGAGCCACCUGAGGAAGCUGAGAGAAGAGAAACUGCAGGAGGAGAAAGCUUCCGAGGAGCUGAUCCACAAGCUCCUUCUCGAUGAGACGGAAGGAGGCAAAAGGAAAAUGGAAGAACAGCAGAAAAAAGAUGAAUCGCUYGUGCUGAAGGUGAAUCAGGAGUGUUUCCCUGAGCGCCUCUCGGAUUCCGAGAACGAGGAACCGUUCCAGGGCAAACAGGCGCAUYGCUCGGCUUUCGUCUCCAAGACCAGCGCCUACUCCUUCGCUUUCCUUUCAGGGAACCUGACCUCCAAGGUGGAAAGGAGCCGGAGCUGCAACGACACCAUUCAAGAGAGAUCGAAGAGCAGGCAGAGAUCGGCCCCAGCCAACAAGGCAAAGGUACUGCCUGUUGCAGCCGUGCCCAGCGCCUCGACGCCCCUGCUUGGGGUCCUGUCGUGCACGCAGAACCACCGCUGCCUCUCGGCGCCGGACCUGAGCGCCGAGAAGCGCCUCGCGCUCACCGCCGCCUCCUCCUCCUCCUCGGCGCUCCACAAGCCCGAGCGGUCCAUCAGCCCCGAGAGCAACGACAGCAUCUCCGAGGAGCUCAACCACUUCAAGCCCAUCGUGUGCUCGCCGUGCACCCCUCCCAAGCGGCUCCCCGACGGCCGCGUCCUCAGCCCCCUCAUCAUCAAGUCCACGCCGAGGAACCUCAGCCGGAGCCUGCAGAAGCCAACGAGCUACGAGGCCAGUCCCCGCAUCCUYAAGAAAUGGGAGCAAAUAUUCCAGGAGCGGCAGAUCAAAAAGACGCUCUCCAAAGCAACUCUCACGUCGGCCGCUUCGGAGCCUGCGGACGAUGUUGCGGCUCCGGGCGCCACCAACCCCAGCAGCUGCGUCAAAGAGCAACCGGAGGAGCCCGUCCCGCCGCACAUGACGGGAGCCCCUCACCCGGAGCUGGAUUUCUUUCCUUCCAUGAGUGAAACGAAGCCGGGGACGGGAGGGGAGAGGAGCAGAGCUCCGCAGGCCUUAACAACAGCCGAUAACUCCGCAGAAGCCGCCGCGAGAGCCAAGGUAAACGCGCGCCUCUCGGGAGCCCCCGAGGGAAAAGCCAGCGCCUACGCGGCCAAAUCCUGCCUCAAAAUGCCGAGCAGGAGCGGGCUGGUCGGCGCGGAUCCUGUCAGAGCCCCGGGCAAGAAGCAGCUCCAGUUCCUGCCUCCCGGCGAGCCGCUCCCGGUGCGGAACAGCUCCGGCGGCGGCGGGGAGAAGCUCGCGGGCGAGCAGCCGCCGGCGCCGAGACGGGGCCGCAAGCGGCGCUGCAAAACGAAGCACCUGGAGCACAAGGGGCCCCUCAAGAGACUGCGGCCGGCGGCGGGCGACGCCGCCGGGGCACCCACCACCGCCGCCCAGCGGAGGCUGCGGCAGGAGGAGGAGGACCGGAGGCUGGCCCUGCGCCUGCAGCGCCUUUUCRACAGCGAGAACAGGACGGUGGAGAGGCGGAGAGCGCGAGGCGAGCGGUACCCGCUGCGCUCCAAGAGCACCCUGGGGGCGAAGUAGCCCUGCUGGGCGACGUGGCCUUUCUAGAGGACGCUGAGGUUGAUGAGGUGGUCUCGGAGGAGGACUUUUGUCAUGGUUCCCGCCCACACGAUGGUCUUGCUUUUCGGUGGUAUGGCAUCCGGUUCAGGGAGGAGCCCAGGGUCCUUUCAGAGUUAACCAAAAAAACAGAAAAAAAGGGAAUAAAAAAUAGAAUAAAAGGGGGGAAAAAAGUCCUCUGACCUCUCUGGUCCAUGAGGCUGAAGGAAGUGUCAGUCCUCAGCACGAUGCAGUGCAAGGCAGGUAAAUAUAAUGGAUGGUGUUUGGGUUCCCCGAGCUCAGGCUGCUGCAUCAGCAGGGUACCAAGGUCCUGGGUGAAUAUGGAAGUAUGGGAUGUAUCCUCCUAUAGGGCACGGAUCCGAAUAUAUCCCUCAUCCGAAUGUAUGGAUGGUAGCUUGCUUGCUCUACACAGAUGACCAAGAGUGGUAGCUGUAAGACAGGGAUUUGACCGAAAAGCACUGGGAGAACUUGUAAAUUUAUGUGAAUGAUGGAGGGAAGGAUGGUGUGGAGCAGCCAGGAGCUGUUCUCUUGGGCUCAGUGACACCUUUCUGCCUAACGUCCCCUGGUCUCUAUCUCUCACCCAACGUAUUUCAUGCUCUUCCCACCAACGCUUGUAAUCCAGCAGGGAAAACACUGCCUUGGGGGUGUGAGGAAGGAGGUUUUCCRUAGGGAUGGGUAUCCGAGAGCUCUCCCCAUGCACAUGAGACUUGUCCUUGCCUGUCCAGCACAGUUAUCCCGUGGUCCUUGACCCAUCCCGACCCUUUCCCGAGGGGCCUGCGGUGGAGUUGGGCCAAGCGCCUGGCCCUCCGGCUGGUGGCUGCACGUCCAUGAGAAGAUGCAGAUCCAGAUGCUCCAUGUUGGCCACUUCCAAGCGGGAAUUCGUGCUGCCAGGAGACUAAAUCUGUCCCCUGGAAGGCAGAAGGUGCUAGAGCAGGCACAGGGUGUGCCAAGUGUCCCGUUGUCACCUGCCGACAUGGCCAGGAGCAUGGGAUGGGCCACCGGGAAUCCGGAUCCCUGUAUGCUCCUCAGCGUGACAAUAACAUAUAAUAAUAAUAUAAUAAUAAAUAGCAGCAGAUCCAGCUGGCCUGGUGGUUUGAUCCGACUCAUCACCCGCUUCCCCCGUGACAUUGCUGGUGCUUCACGGAGCAAAUUGUGGGAUUUAUCCCACUGGAUCUCCCAUCCCCAUUGUGGGAUCUCUCAUGAGGAGAAUUACUCCCAUAUCCCAAGGCUGUAUCCUUCCCAUAUCCCCAAGGUCUUUGAUCCGUCACAGAGCAUUUUCUCUCCUCUUCACCAUCCAUUCCCCAUGAAAUGGUUUCCUUGAUUUUUUUUCCCGGGUAAUUAGCCCAGAAAAACCUCAGCCCCAUCCUUUCCUGCUGCCUUGCACUGUAUUCACCCAGGAUCCUCCGGAAUCGCGGGAAUCUCCUCCUUCCCUGCAGCUGAAACGGUUAAAAAUAAGCAAAAAUAGGAAUUUCUUCUCUCUUYUGGCAGAUUUGUGGGACUGCAAGGACCCUGGCGCUUUUUACCUCAUUGAACUG